UAUACGCGCGCACAGUCAAUUCCACAGCGCUGCGUCUCGCUCCUCGGCUCAUUCACAGACUUUACGCGCCGGAUGCACGCAGUUAAAGUUGCGUGAAGGGGUUUGUGGAGAAUGUAAUCAGAGCCGGGGCACCUUGACUAGUUUUGCCCGACUGCUUUCUGUGGAAUGGGAUAAGCUACGCGAGGCUCGGUGUCGGCUCGCGGUACCGCCUGAGCGCACGCGCUAUGAACGGGGUGCAGGCGGAAGACGCGGACGGCGGCGGCGGCGGCGCGCAGGAGCGCUACGGCAGCGUGGCGUACGAGACGGCACUCAGCACGCUGCUGGCCGUGGCCGUGUACGUGGUGGUGAAGGGAAGCGUGGACGGGCUGCGGCAGUGGCGCGCGCGCAUCUCGCUGCUGGUGGUGGGCUCCGGGCCGGUGGGACUGACGGCGGCGCUGGUCGCUGUCCGCAGCGGGAAGGUCCUGAAGCUCACCGUGCUGGACGAGCGCACACGCAGCGCGCUGCUCUGCCGGCCGCAGCAGAUUGCGCUGGACCCCCGCAGUGUGCGCUUUCUGCUCAGCCUUGGCGUGGACUUCGACAACAUGGAGGGAUGCUGGCACAACGAGCACUUCUUUACGCGGAUCGGCGUGUUUCAGGAGUACCUACUGAGCGUGCUGGAGCAAAAGAAACACAAAGUCGACGUGAGAGUCCACUUGGGCACUAAGUUCACAGAUGAGUAUCUAAGGAGGAUCCCAAAUGGCGAAUGGCCCCGGGUUAUUGUAGUGGCUGACGGCUCUUGUGGUGACUCCUGCUCUGUAUUGGGAAUCAGUUCAGAGUACAUUGUAGAGCCCUGCCAUGCCUACGGAGCUAAUGCCACGAUAGAGAGACUGGACCAAAGACAGGUCCCUACACCGGAGAUCAGAGCUCACAGGCUGUAUUUUGACCUUUCCGCAUACGGCAUUGACGCUGUCAAAGAACCUCGCAGCUCCUCUCAAACCUCCUUCAAGCCUGGAUUUCACUUGAAGAUUUACGGAACAUUUCGACACCGAUACAUGGCCCUGGCCUGCACAUCUGUGGAUUCGAAAAUGCUGCGUUUCCUGCGUCACACGGCCAACUCCUCAAUAAUGAAGAACAUCUUUCACCAAUCCUUUAAUGCUUAUAAGACAGACAUUGAACCCCGUGUGAGCGAGCUGACUUUGCACAGCAUGCAGUGCAGCCGCAGGCUUUUCGAGAUCAUGCUGUCCCACCGACGCAUCAGUGCAGCCUACAUCGAGGGCGACAAUGUGGCUGUCACUGUGGAAGGAGAGGCAGCACGAAUGCUAAACUUUGAUACCGGUUGCGGUGUAAACCUCGGCAUGAGGGGCUUGGAGUCUUUGGGAUUGUUUAUCUACAAAACAGCUACUGCUCAGGAUCAAAACGAUGUGUUUGAAGCCCUUUCGGCUAAAAUCCAGCACUCCAGACAGGUCGCUGAGACUUUCAGACAAACCGGACUGGCUGCAUCUAUGUUUGAAUGAACGGAUGUGUGAGAGCUAGACGCAAUUGAAACAGUGGUGUCUCUAAAGGCUUAUAAAUGUCAUGCUUAAAGUUAAAUGUAUUGUCAUGCUUUCAGUGUAAUAAGAAUGUUGCGACUUGAUGUAAAGCUUAAAGGAACGAACGUUUGUGCACAAGCUUUAGCUCUGUGAUGAGUGAAAUGAAAGUUACUUGCAGUCAAUGAUAAGUGUGUUUUAUGGAUUAAAAAGAAUACAAAUUAAAAAAAUCUAAUGAGAGUAUUACAGUGGAGCAUAAUGUGAUCUAAAACGAUCUAAUUACGUUCACACACAGUGAUUGGCUGUACUUAGUAUUUACACUAAAUAGCCCUUUUCCCCCAACUUUUUAAUUUUUUUUAAUCACGAUGUUCUUGAUUGCACUGGUGCUUGUUAUGGCUAGCAGUUGUGGCUAGCAGGAUGUUUUCAGAUCAACAACCUACACCAUUUCAGCACUGCUUUCUGCUUUCUGACCACAUGACCACUCAGGCAAAAAAAAAAGAAAAAAUCAGUAGUAACUGAUAUUUUUGGGCCUGAUACUGCACAGUGCCUGGCAGAUAGUCAAGAAAUCACAAAUGCAUACUUUACCAUUGCUUGGGAUAUUUUGUAUGUCGGAAUUCGACUGUUUUAUGGUUUGUAAUGUUUGUUAAUAAAAAUGAA